CCUGUGCUGAUAAAGAUUUUGUGGCAAUGGAGAAAAAGGUUGAGACUUUAUCCAGAGAAAUCGUCAAACCAUCUGCUCCAACUCCUAAUCAUCUCAAAACUCUCAAACUUUCACUUCCUGAUAUUCUCAGCUCUGCGUUUUACACGGGAGCACUUCUCUUUUAUGCUGCAGAUCAUCAAAAGUGUCCUGUUUCUUCACAGGAGAUAUCCUUGAAGCUCAAGAAAUCUCUCUCUGACACCUUAACCAUCUUCUACCCUCUUGCCGGAAGAAUCAAUGGCUGUUCCAUAGACUGUAAUGACGAAGGUGCAGUUUUCGUAGAAGCUCGAGUGGACUGCCUUCUCUCUGAUUUUCUGCAAAACCCGGUUCCCGAAUCACUGGAACUUCUCAUCCCAGAUGAUGCUCACUCUUCAAAACCGGUUUCUUGGCCUGUGCUCCUUAUCCAGGCUAAUUUCUUCAGUUGUGGAGGAUUGUCCAUCACUGUCUGCCCUUCUCACAAGAUCACUGAUGCAACUUCAUUGGUGAUGUUUAUCAGAGGAUGGGCAGACUCCACACGAGGUUUAGGCAUUACCAUGAUUCCUGAGUUCACUGCAUCCGAUUACUUCCCAGCACCUCAUGUACUUCCCUUCAAAGAGAUGGGUAAAGUUGAUUUUGAGCAAACAAUCUGUGUUACAAAGAGGUUUGUGUUCGAUGCUGGCAAGAUCAAAGAGCUCAAGACCAGAACUGCAAGUGCCCUCGUCAAGAAUCCAACCCGUGUUGAAGCUGUGACCGCGCUUUUAUGGAGAUGUGCUACCAAGGCUUCAAGAUCGAGUUCUGAAACACUGAAAACAUCGGUUCUGCAGUUAGUGGUAAACCUACGAAGAUGGGUUUCUUCCCUGUCUGAAAACACAAUCGGGAAUCUCUUAUCAUUCAUGAUUCUGCAAAACGAACGACGUGAAAUGGAAGAGAUCAUGGAAGUGGUUGGUGAGUUGAGGAAAAAGAAGGAACAGUUCAGCUCGACAAGCAACGAGAGAUUCUCCGGAGGGGACAAAUCAUCGAUGAACAUUCUCGAGUUUGUGAAAGAGAUGGUGAAACUAUAUUCAAGAACAAAGGAUUUGGAGCUGUACACGAGCAAUAGCUGGUGUAAGCUACAAAUCUAUGAAGCAGAUUUUGGAUGGGGAAAACCAGUGUGGGUUACAGGGAGAGGAACUUCCAUUUUCAAGAACUUGAUGCUUUUGCUAGAUGCUAAAGAUGGGGAAGGAGUAGAAGCAUGGAUCACUCUUUCACAAGAACACAUGAAGGUUUUGGAACAUGACACGGAGUUUCUUGAGUUUGCUUCACUCAAUCCCCCUCCAUUGUCUUGAUCUUAAGACAGAAACCAAACUCAGAAAACUCAAAAAGUAUAAAGUCCCUUUGGUGAACUCAGAGAUAUUUACAUGGUUUGGUUUUGAAAUUUGUGUUGGGGUUUGUUCAAUAAUGGAUGUCCUUUCUUAUGUGUCUGAAUGCUAUAAAAGACAGCCUUUUGGGAAGGUUCCA